GUUAGAGCCACACCUGAAGUGCUUCCUAAAUGUGGAUGCAAGCCUGGAUCUCCCACUAAGUUUGAUAUGGCCCUGACAAGCAAUGGCAUUCAGCUCCGUCAAAAAAUUCAUGUUGCUAUCUUACUAGGUAUGCGAGUGGGACAGGUUCACAUUAUUUUCACUCUGCCGUGUCAAUUUGGGACCUACUCCCGAGCCUUGGCUUACAUUGAGUGGUUCACACCACUCAGGGAGCCAGACCGCUCAUCUGGCCUGCACCAAUUGUUGUGUUCGACUCGU